ACAGUGAUCAGUUGGUCGAAGAUCAUCGUUGUGUUUGGGAUUACUUAAAAAGUUAAAAGCACUACUCACUUGUGUUAAUAAAAAAAUAUUCAAAAAGGAUAAACUAUCGUUUUCACAGUAUCUAGAAGUGUAAUCGUGGUGUAAAAAGUGUUCCUAUUGGAUUGUGUCUUAAUUUAUUUUUGUUUGCACAAGAAAGCGAAAGUCAUUUCAGAAAAUGUCGGUGCUACGGACAAUGGUGUUGUUAGCUAUCGGUGCAACGUUAGCUUUGGCUCAACGUCGACUUGCUCUACCUGAUCCUCGAAGCUGUGCUAAUCGCGUCCGUCAUGCAACAUACCGUGAUGCUCGAGGUGUGGCACAUUCGUACUUCUUCAGUUGGGAACACGCACCAACUAGGAGUCUGGAAGUUGAUUGGUUAGAUGCGCGAAACAUUUGCCGUCGUCACUGCAUGGAUGCUGUGUCUCUGGAAACACCCCAAGAAAACGAAUUCAUCAAGCAACGUAUAUCUCGAGGCAAUGUGCGUUACAUUUGGACUUCGGGUCGUAAGUGUAACUUCGCUGGCUGUGAUCGUCCUGACUUACAACCUCCAAAUGAAAACGGAUGGUUCUGGUCUGGAUCAGGAGCAAAGAUUGGCCCAACAAGCCAACGAAACACUGGUGAUUGGUCCCAAACUGGAGGAUACAACCAACCUCAGCCCGAUAACCGAGAAGCUGCCCAGGGUAACGAUGAGUCUUGUUUGUCCAUUUUGAACAACUUCUACAACGAUGGACUUAAAUGGCACGAUGUUGCUUGCCACCAUUUGAAGCCUUUCGUUUGUGAAGAUUCCGAGGAGCUGUUGAACUUUGUUCGUUCACGUAAUCCAGGAGUUCGUCUUUAAAGAUAAAAUAUCUAGGAAUAUGACGACGCGACGAUGAUAUUGAAGAAUAAGGAGCAACACGGUUUAUUAUUGAAGUUGGGAGUUAAUUUAUUAUUUUUUGAAACACCUUUAAAUGAGCGCAUAUACACAGCAACAUUGUGCAAAUUUUCGUAAAGGUGCAGUAUUGUGUGAAAGAAAGUAUUUUGGGUGGGUGAUUCGAGGCAAUUUAUAUUAUAUAUAAAUUUGUAAUUGUUUUUUGUUUUAUCAUUUUAUUUAAAAAAAGAAAGAGAGAGAAAAAAAUAUAUUUUUUGGAAGAAAAAUUGGAUUUUAUUUUAAGAAUUUUUAUUUAACAAAAAAAAUAAACUAAAAUUAACAGUAUUUAUGAAUUAUUUAAUGAAAUUUAAUAUCUAAAAUGUAUUUAAGUUCUUUUUCGCAAAAAUUGAAUUCUGUUCUCACAAUAUUCUUUAUUCUUUUAUUUUUAUGUAAUAAAUAGAUUUAUGAAAAUGAAA